CUAUGUUUUAAUCUCUAUUUCUUAGAGUUUCACUCACAAAUCUUAAAAAGUUAAAAUCGAAUAACAUAAACACAAAAACACACAAGAAAACUCUCUUUUGAUUACUUAAUGUGAUUGAGAUUCGUGAGUGUAAAUCUUUACAGAUCUGAUAGAUUUCGUGUUUUUUUGAUUAUAAUCGACACCGAAAAAUGGCUUCACAUAUUGUUGGAUACCCACGAAUGGGGCCAAAGAGAGAGCUCAAGUUUGCUCUUGAAUCUUUCUGGGAUGGUAAGAGCACUGCCGAGGAUUUGCAGAAGGUUGCCACAGAUCUCAGAUGUUCCAUCUGGAAGCAAAUGGCUGAUGCUGGGACCAAGUAUAUCCCCAGUAACACCUUCGCUUACUACGACCAAGUUCUUGACACCACAGCAAUGGUUGGAGCUGUUCCUGCUAGAUACAACUGGAACGGUGGUGAGAUCGGAUUCGAUACUUACUUCUCCAUGGCCAGGGGUAAUGCAACCAUUGGUGCUAUGGAAAUGACUAAGUGGUUCGACACCAACUAUCAUUUCAUCGUCCCAGAAUUGAGUGCUGAAACCAAGUUCUCUUAUGCUUCUCACAAGGCAGUGUCAGAAUACAAGGAAGCCAAGGCUCUUGGAAUUGAUACAGUCCCUGUCCUUGUUGGCCCUGUCUCAUACUUGUUGCUAUCAAAACCUGCCAAGGGUGCUGAGAAAUCCUUCUCUUGCCUCUCCCUUCUCGGAAGCCUUCUUCCAGUCUACAAGGAAGUUAUUGCUGAAUUGAAGGCAGCUGGUGCUUCAUGGAUUCAGUUUGAUGAACCCACACUAGUGAUGGAUCUUGAUGCCGAGAAGUUGAGUGCAUUCACUGACGCAUACUCUCAGCUAGAAUCUACUCUAUCCGGUCUUAAUGUUAUUGUUGAGACCUACUUUGCCGAUCUUCCUGCCGAGGCAUACAAAACCCUCACCUCCUUGAAAUGUGUCACCGGUUUUGGAUUUGACUUGGUUCGUGGUGCUAAAACCCUUGACUUGAUCAAGAGUGGAUUCCCUUCUGGCAAGUACCUCUUUGCUGGUAUUGUUGAUGGAAGGAACAUCUGGGCCAAUGAUCUUGCUUCAUCUCUCGAAACUUUGACCGCUCUCGAAGGCAUUGUUGGAAAGGACAAGCUUGUGGUCUCUACUUCUUGCUCACUCCUCCACACCGCCGUUGAUCUCGUUAACGAGACCAAGUUUGACCAGGAAUUGAAGUCGUGGAUGGCAUUUGCUGCACAGAAGGUUCUUGAGGUUAAUGCCUUGGCAAAGGCAUUGACUGGACAGAAGGAUGAGGCAUUUUUCUCUGCCAAUGCUGCCGCCCAGGCUUCAAGAAAGAGCUCUCCAAGAGUAACUAACGAGUCUGUUCAGAAGGCUGCUACUGCUUUGAGGGGAUCUGACCACCGUAGAGCCACAAACGUGAGCUCUCGAUUGGAUGCUCAGCAGAAGAAGUUGAACCUUCCCAUCCUUCCAACCACCACCAUUGGAUCUUUCCCUCAGACCAUCGAGCUCAGAAGAGUUCGUCGUGAAUACAAAGCCAAGAAAAUCUCCGAGGCUGAUUACGUUGAGGCCAUCAAGAAGGAAAUCGCUAAAGUUGUCAAGCUCCAGGAAGAGCUCGACAUUGAUGUCCUAGUCCAUGGAGAGCCUGAGAGAAACGACAUGGUUGAGUACUUCGGAGAGCAAUUAUCUGGUUUCGCCUUCUCUGUCAACGGGUGGGUGCAAUCCUACGGUUCCAGGUGUGUCAAGCCACCAAUCAUCUACGGUGAUGUGAGCCGCCCCAAGGCCAUGACUGUAUUCUGGUCCUCCAUGGCUCAGAGCAUGACCGCUCGCCCAAUGAAGGGUAUGCUUACAGGUCCAGUCACCAUCUUGAACUGGUCUUUCGUUAGAAAUGACCAACCCAGAUUCGAGACUUGCUAUCAAAUUGCUUUGGCAAUCAAGGAUGAAGUUGAGGAUCUUGAGAAGGCCGGAAUUAAUGUUAUCCAGAUCGACGAGGCUGCUUUGAGAGAGGGUGUGCCUCUAAGGAAAUCUGAACAAGCUUUCUACUUGGACUGGGCUGUCCACUCCUUCCGUAUCACCAACUGUGGCGUCCAAGACACCACCCAGAUCCACACCCACAUGUGCUACUCUAACUUCAAUGACAUCAUCCACUCUAUCAUUGACAUGGAUGCCGAUGUCAUCACCAUUGAGAACUCUCGAUCUGAUGAGAAGCUUCUCUCCGUUUUCCGUGAAGGAGUUAAGUAUGGUGCUGGUAUCGGCCCUGGUGUGUAUGACAUUCACUCCCCAAGAAUCCCAUCAACAGAGGAAAUUGCUGACCGUGUCAACAAGAUGCUUGCAGUUCUAGAGACCAACAUUUUGUGGGUUAACCCUGACUGUGGUCUCAAGACCCGUAAGUAUGCUGAAGUGAAGCCUGCUCUUACCGCCAUGGUUUCUGCCGCCAAGCUUCUCCGUAAGGAACUUGCCAGCGCCAAGUGAAGAUUGAACUGAAGAUGGUUUUAUUUUAUAGGUGUUACUUACUAUGGGGGGUGUUUUGAGGAAAGAAUGGAAAAAAUAAUUUUCUUGUUUUCAAUAACGUUUUUAUUGGGCUUAUUUGAUGAGUGAUGUAGUAGUAGUGAAUGUUUAAAUUUGGCCCUUCUCCUGGCCAUUUUCAUUAUUAUUUUUUCUCUUUUUUAUUAUGGUUCUGUGUAUCCGUCUCUAUUUCAUUGGAGACGCUAAACAGAGCUCUACCCCCAGAGUACUUUGGAUUGAGAGAUUCAAACCAACGAUUUGUUAGUUUUACUA